CUAGCACACCGAGCUUCUCAUCGCUGUGUUCUUCGUGACCGUCAUGUCAUCGCCAGGCCAUCGCCCAUCUGUUAAACAUGUCGCCUCACUACCGCCCUCUGCCUACGCACCUCGUCCAUCGGUCAUAGCACAGCGAAUGGACAGCAGUGGUCGAAUCUAUCCACAUUCCAUGGCCAGAGCUGCUUCUGGGGGUACUUCGAUUGGGCCAUCCAACCUGUCGAGACCUGACGGACCUUCACGUACGACGAGUGUCCAAACGCAGUACAUGAACAUGCUCCUAGCUCUUGACGCCGUCCCUCGAGGACACAAUAUGAUGGCCAGCUUCUUCACUUGGAUCUUACUUGCCGGCUUCGUCAUUCUCCCGGGAACGUUCAAUAGUCUGGAACAAAUACAGGCCGGAAACAGUGUUGAGAAUCUGGCGCUGCAUGCGGUUCAAAAUAUUCCACUGUUCGUCAUUGCGUAUGUUUGCUGUGCGACCGGGGCGAUCGGUAUGAUCUGGUUGUGGUGGAGGUGGAGUGCGAAUUAUGUGUGGCUUCUGCAAAGGAUCUUUCUUCCUGGCCUUCUCAACGGCCUAGCCGGCAUCCUCACAACAAUCGCCAGUGUCUACGGCGCUCAAUCUGGCCGCUUCACCGCUACAAGCGAGACCACCAUCGUCGUCACAGGCGUCACCACUCUCGCCAACGGCAUCCUCGUCGCGUUCUAUAGCCUCUGGAAACUUCGAAUUGUGAAGAGGCGGCAUGAUAAAGAGAUCGGAAAGGAGAAGGCGGAGCUGCAUGGUGAAGGAAUAGUGGAGGAGAUGAAGAGGAAGGCGAGGCAGCCUGAGCCGGAGGUGAGGAUGUUUUGAUUGACCUGGAGUAACAUGGAUGGUAUGUGUAGGAGGAGAAGUCUGGAAUGAAAUACCUUGCUGCUUUGGACGGCUUGGACGAGGAAUGUAGAUAAUGUAUGGAUUAUCCGUUAUGGACGGCCUCGACUGUAUACCUAUCAGCACCGUGAUGUAAACAUAACCACGAUUUCACGAACGCCAUGCCUAUUGACG